AUGGCUUCGACGGUUCAGCAGCCACCCACGCUGGUAGUCCGACAGCACAUUCAGGAUCAUGCAGCGGCAACUUCAGUCUCGCAUCACUGGGGAUAUGCGGACAGAGUGGUGCCAUGUGUGGUCGAUGCUGGCAGCUGUGACUAUCUUGAUGUUGUAUAUGGUGCCCAUGAUCAGGGUGUAGUAUUCGUCGGCAUCAUGUGGGCGGUGCUCCUGGCGCUUUUCUUCGGGUUUGGCAUUAUGCGGCACUUGCUUCCUUCGCGCAAGUCGCCUCCACGGGAGGGUGAUGCUGAGACCUCGUCAUUAGGUGCUCAAAGCUCCGCCAGCCGACUGGCUAGCGCUGUCAAGGCGAGUUUCCGACGCUGUUUGCUUCCGGAUACUGCUUUGAGGGCAGUAUUUGGUCGUGUCACCAGGCUACAAGUCUUGAUCGUGUCUAUGCUGAGCAUCUACUUGACGAUGUUCACUUUUGUGGGCUACCGCUAUGAGACAUGGGUCACACCCGUAAAGAACAGUCCCGGUGUCUACAAUACCCGCACCAGCCUAGGACCAUUCUCCGACCGCAUCGGUAUCCUUGCUUAUGCGCUGCUCCCGCUAUCGAUCCUCCUGGCCACUCGAGAGUCCCUCCUGUCACUCUUGACUGGUAUCCCGUACCAGAAUUUCCAGCCUUUGCAUCGGUGGAUCGGCUACAUCAUCUACAUACAGUCCGCUGUCCACACAAUCGGCUGGACGGUUGUCGAAGCCAAGCUCUACCAGCCACAGCCCAAAGUCUGGACCAACUUUAUCAAGCAGACGUACAUGAUUUGGGGUGUUGUUGCAAUGGUCUUGAUCACACUGAUCCUGGUGCUUUCCUUCUCAUGCACAGUGCGUCGAACAGGCGGAUACGAGGUCUUCCGAAAGGUUCACUAUGUUAUGGCAAUGGUUUUCCUGGGUGCUUGCUACGGUCACUGGGCGCAGCUUGGCUGCUUCAUCAUUGCGUCGCUGGCUGUCUGGGGUCUUGACCGCAUUGUACGACUGGUGAGGACAUUUCUGCUGCACUAUCAGUAUCUGCCGGAUGGCGCGGGGAUGGGUUUCCAAGCAGCGCAGGCAAAGGUCAGCUACUUCCCGGAUGAGAUGAAUGGGGAUGUUGUGCGGCUGGACUUCGUACACAAUCAUGCUGCUUGGGAGGUUGGCCAGCACUUCUAUCUCUGCUUCCCUGAGAGCAGUAUUUGGCAGAGUCAUCCUUUCACACCUCUUAGCUUGCCUGGUAUUGGUAAGGAGGGACAGAAGCACACAUAUGUCUUCCGAGCGAAAGGUGGAGAGACCAGCAAAGUUGCUGAAAUAGCAAGGAGGAAAGUCCUCGAGCUCAACGACAGUCAGAGCUAUUCCAGAGAUGAUUCGAAGUCGACCACGGUCCUGCCAGACGCUUUACGAUCACAAGCACGCAACAAGAACCCAACGCCAAGAACAGCAGUGAUUCUGCAAGGUCCAUACGGCACAAGUCACGUUGAGAGGCUCACGCACGAGCCAGACGUCAACGUCCUCCUGGUUGCAGGCGGAAGCGGCAUCACAUUCGUCCUGCCUGUGCUCUUUCACCUCAUGACAUUACCUAUUCCAGUUCGAGCCGGACGAGAUCGGAGGAUCGAGCUUGUCUGGGCGAUCCGACGGCGCAACGAUAUGGAAUGGAUACGGCCCGAGCUUGACACCCUAAUGGCGGCGAGCAAGCGAAUGAACCUGGCCAUCCGGAUAUUCGUCACGCGAGAGGACAAGGCCAGCGCUGCAUCGAAUCUGGAGGACGUCGAGCGUGAGAAGGGCGGUCUGAUCGCCGUGCAAGAACGAGCCAAAGCAUCAUGCUGCUCCUCAUCCUCCGAGUCAGCCCACGACGCUAUGCAGUCAUCCGCAGAGGAAGCUGCAUCCUCCAGCAUUAGCAAUUCAUCAACGCCGCCUCGCCGCCUCUCAAUACACCAGCCCAGCUCAGCCGACGCAAUACGACAAGAAACGCGGCAUCCGGACCUAGCAAAGCUGGUCACUGACUUUGUCGGCAGCACAGUGCGUGGCCCAACGAGUGUCUACGCUUCCGGGCCAGGUGGGCUGGUCUCUGAUCUGAGGGCGGCGGUCGCGAGAUGUAAUGAUGGAGCGAAAGUGUGGAGGGGUCAGGAGAGGUGCGAUGUGAGGCUUGUGGGUGAUGAUCGGAUGGAGUGGUGA